CUCAACCCUCUUCAUCCGGCUUCCAUUCCCUCUUUCAGUCACCCCGCCAGACCCCAGGGCCCUGCGGCUCGCUCCACACUUUCUGGGGAUCCCUACGCCCAGGAGGCUCAGCGCCGCUCCAAAACCAACUUUACGGACUGUACUACUGAUCCACCUGUCGGGGAGAAAGACUCUACCCGCAGUUUGACGAAAAUGGUCGUUCCCAGAUGCUUGUAGGAUUUCUUGGCUAAGCUCCACCCUCUGCGGCGCCUUCUUCUGAUUGGCUCUGAGUAAUCCCUGCCAAAGCGUUACUUCCGGCGGAAAAGGACGCGGGAGAUUCGAUUGGAAGGCUGCCGGCGAGCUACUGAGUCCGGCCGGUCUGAGGCACUGUGCGUCUACUGGGCCCGCUCCUGGUCUUCUCCCCCAGAUACGGUCUUGCUCUGUCACCCAGGCUGGAGUGCCUUGGCAUCAUCAUAGCUCACUAUGGCCUUGAUCCUCCUGCCUUAGCCUCCUAAGCAGCUGGUAUUACAGGCCACGGUGUGAACACAUGAAUAGAAGACGAAAAUUUCUUCUAGCCUCAGUACUUGCUCUCCAGAAUUCAAGUUUUAUAUAUCCAUCAUGUCAGAAGUGCUUCUCUAGGAUAAUCCUGGUCUCCAAAAGGUCUAAUUGUCCAAAAUGUGGCUCUACUGGUGAAUCUGGAAAUGCCAAUUACAGAUACAAACUUUCCUUAAAAGUUGCAGAAUCAAACAAAUUGUUUGUUAUUACUGUAUUUGGAAGUUGCUUAGAUACAUUUUUUGGUCUUACUGCCACUGGUUUACACAGGUACAUUCAGGAUCCUAAUAAAAUUCCAGAAACACUGGACAAUGAUACAACUCAGAAUCUAUUAACUAAAGCAGUUGAAACUUGCUUUGUUGGACAAAGCUUUAUUUUUGGAGUGACGAAUUUUGAAAACCAACCUGGAAAACAUUCAGAUGCCAGUAACUUCUUACAGCAAUGCUCUGACCACAAAAGCAAAGCCAAAGCACUAGUGGCUUGCCAGAUUGUUCUACCGGACCCAGCUAGUGGCAUUUGCCUGCCAGUCUUUGCUGCUAUGACUUACAAGAUCAUAUUGAGAGGUGACAGCCUGGUGGCAGCCCACGCAGCGUCGCUCGCUCAUGGUGCCUCCUCGGCCUCGGCGCCCAUUCUGGCCGCACUUGAGCCCUCCAGCCCGCCGCUGCACCGUGGGAGCCCUUCUCUGGGCUCGCUGAGGCCGAAGCAAGCUCCCUCGGCUUGCGGGGAGGAGCUGUAACACUCACCACGAAGGUCUACAGCUUCAUUCCUGAAGCCAGUGAGACUACAAACCCACCAGGAGGAACGAACAACUCCAGACGUGCCACCUUAAGAGCUGUAACACUCACCGCGAAGGUCUGUAGCUUCACUCCUGAGCCAGUGAGACCACAAACCUACCAGGAAGAACAAACUGCGGACAUGCCACCUUUAAGAACUGUAACGCUGACUGUGAGGGUCAGUGGUUUCAUUCUUGAAGUCAGUAAGACCAGGAACCCACCAAUUCCUGACACAAUAUGAGAAUGAUAUAAAAUUGCCAAUAUCUAGCUGUUUUUGACUUAUAAGAAUGCCAAUUCCAUAUGGUUCUAACUAUUAGAACACUUAAAAACCAUGACAUGUGCUAAUUUAGAAAAGAAAUUUCUGCAAACAUCCUUUUAGUGAAGUUGCUAAAAUAGCAAAAUUAAGAGCCUCCUACCAACUGCAGAUAAGCUGCCAUAGGACAAUAACAUAAAAUUAUAGCAGAUGAUUUUCAAAGCCCAAUACUUUAUAAAUUCUAAAUAAUAGCGGCAGAAAGGGUUACAGAUUGCGUAUGUUGCAUUAACUAAAGAACACUAUGCCAGAGAGCCCAAGGUCAAAGGUUUGACCCCUUUGUCAUCCUAUUAACUCUUACCAUGUUCCAUGACCUACUGUACUCUUCAUCCAGGACAUUCAUCUCUGAAAUGCACGCCCAAGGCAGAGGGUGAGAGGCUAGGAUUGGAGUGGAAAUGAAUUUCAAGAAAAGGUGCAAAUCUGUGACUUCUGCAGUGGAGAUGGGGGCAUCUAAAAGGCAGACUCUUCUGCCUGCCCUAUGGUAUAUGUUUAAUAAAUGGUGAAUAAAUGAAUCGGUGAAGGAAUGAAUGUCCUACUAGUGAUGAGUAGUCUCAUUACUAAUUGUGUAGAAAAUCUCAAGUGAUAUCAUGUAAAGUGUUUUAGCUGGAAGGGACCUUGAAGCUAUCUAACUUAGUGUCCAUAUUUUGGUAGUUGGGAAAAAUAAAGUUUAAAAUGAAGUGAUUAACCUAAAGUCACACUGACUGGGACUAGAAUUUAUGGCUUCUCGAUGUCAGAACUGGAACUAGAAUUUGUGAUUCCUAGUUCUCAGUGUAAUACUCCUUCCAAUAUAUAUGAUAGUAUAAAGGAUCUUUCUCACCAGUAGAAAUAAUUAGCAUAUAAUUUUCACAUCCUGAAUAUAGCAGUCUCAUUUAGUGUUUAUAAUCGGAGGAGGCCUUAAAGAUUAUCUGAUCUAGCCCCUUGUUUUAUAAAGGAGAAAACCAUAGUGCAAAAUGUUAAAUGACUUGUCCAAAGUUAGCCAGUUAGAAAAUCAACAUUUAACUCAGGUCUCCAGAUCCCCCAGAUCCAGGGCACAUUUUGCACCAUGCUGAAAGACAUUAGUACACUUAAAGUUGUUUGCUUUUUACGUAUUUUGAUGGCAUAUAAUUCUUCAAAUGUGGGCAACAGGAGAUGUUUAUUUAUAUACAAGUACAUGGGAAAGCAAUUUCCAUUUAGUUUUUUAAAAAAAUUGUUACAAAUAAAAAGUUUUUAAUACAUUCAUCUUUUGCACACAAAAUACAUUCUUUUUCUUUUACUCCCAGUAUGAAUUAUUUCUUAAUAAUAAAAAACAUAAACUACAAUGAAUGGACAGUCAUAUGGUUUGGUGAUUUGACAAACUUUUUUUCAAGAAGCAAAGUCCAAUUUUAAAAGACAGACAAUAUAUAAAAUAACUUACAUAUUUAAAAUGCUACUUCAUUGAAUCCUGAAAGAUUGAAUGAAUACUCUUAUCCAGCAUGAUUUGUAGUUGUCCUUUAAACAAUGCAGAGGACAAGAAAUCCUCUAUGUGAUGGCAACUCAAUUUCUACAAGACUGAAACAGUCUUCAUGAAAUCGAUUGAUUAUCACAUCUAAAUGACAGGCUCAUAGAAAAAUUCUUAUGGAUAUAUUGGGGAGUUAGUCUUUAUUCAGGGGUCUCCUGAUUGACAAUUAAACUAAGAUCAUAAGUUGCACUAUCCAAAUAGGAUUGCAAGAGGUUCUACUUCAAUAAACAUAAAUGAUUUGAUUUCAUUUGUUAGACUAAUUGUUUUUAAGAGAAGUGAAAACAUACACCCAUACGAAAAACUUUUACAUAAAUGUUCAUAGCAGCAUUAUUAUAAUCAAAAGGUGGAAAAAACCCAAACGUCCAUCAAAUAGUAAAUGGACAAAUAAAAUGUGGCAUAUACAUACAAUGGAAUAUUAUUUAAACAUGAAAACAAUGUACUGAUUUAUGCUACAACAUGGAUGAGCUUUGAAAGCAUUAUGCUUAGUUAGAGAAGCCAGACACAAAAGGCCACAUAUUGUUUGACUAUAUGAAAUGUCCAGGAUAGGCAAAUUCAUAGAGGACAGAAAGUAGAUUAGUGGUUGCCAGAUGCUGGGGGAAGGAGGAGGAGUGAUUGCAAAUGGUAUGGGGUUUCUUUUGGAGGUGAUGAAAAUGUUCUGAAGUUAGGCAGUGGUGAUGUUGCACAACUUAGUGAAUAUGAUUAAAAACAUUGAAGUUUGCACCUUAAUAGGGUAAACUGUAUGGUGCACGAAUUAUAUCUUAAUUUUAAAAAGAAAUGAAACUUCAUUUAAGAAUAUUUUGUUCAAGUUUGUAUUCCCUCCCCACUUCCCUUUUCUAAUGUUGAUUGAAUUUUUCAUACAGUCAUCUUUCUACAGAAGGUUUUCAGCUAAUUGGACUCAGGUCAUCAGUGGGUUAUAUUUCUAACAGGCUUUUUGUUAAGUAAAAAGAUCAAUAUAUGAACACAUAAAAUAUGAUGUAUACUGUUAAUAUUUGCAUAUUAACAUUUAAAAUCAAGUACUAUUCUUAUAUUGAAGUUAGUUAGAUUUUAUAUACCACUGUAUACAAAUAAUACUGAUAUCCUAUGCUUAAAACCAAUAGCCAAAUAUCAAGAAUCGAGUUCAUAAAACUCAGUGAUUAACCUGUUUAUUAGUUAAAACUAUGUAUGUAUUAAUAUUAAAGAUUCAUGUUUUAAUGGAGUGAUAGGAAAGGUGGGGGAGAUCAAAGAUUCUCUAAGUCUUCAUAAAGCAGCUUCUCUAAAUAUUUUAACUAGCUGCUGAGAUCUCCAGAAUUAUAUAUUUUGCAUUUUAUUUCAUCUCUAUACUAAAAGUCAUGCAUUAAAAGUGUGUACAAGAUAUAUGGGGCACACUUUUCCCUUCAGAUUAUCAAAAACCUCUUUUUACUCCUGUAUUAUCUGAAAUUUUGAGCAGAGUUUGUUUUUUCUCUUUUUUUUUUUUUUUUUUGGCUGAAAACAGAAAUUUUGCUCACGUGUUAGUUCAAAUACAUUUAUGUAACUCCCUUAUACACUAUCAAAGGAGCUCCAACCAUCUGGUAUGUCUGGAAGACACUUCAGUGAGUAGAAAUUAGAAGCCAGCAUUUGAAAUUUUCUACCACAGGGACAUGAAAGCCUAAACUGGCCUUAAAGGGAUAAGAGGAUUUUACAUUUUUAAAAAAUAAAUCAGUUAACAUUCAUUGUCAAAUAACCUACAAGAAAGUUCCACUAGCAUUCUGCAAUUGUAUAGAGUAAGAGAAUAUUUGUUGCUAAUGAUUACAUUCCAGAAAGCAAUAUGUUUAGCAGCUGUUUUUCAAAAGACUUGUCAAGUUUUACUAUUGUUAUUUAAUCCAGGCAUAACUGUGUAAACUUAAACAAAAACUGUGCAUUAUUCAACCAGCUAGUGACUAUCUUAACAAACUAGAUUAUCUUUUGCUUUUCUGUACAUGAAUUUUUGCUUUAUUAGGCAUUUUGUAUUCCACUUUUUGUUUUAGAAUUUAGUGCACAUGUAGAAAGGGGAAGAAACCCUUUUGGAUGUUGGUAAUUAUGUACAUCAAAUAAUGUCAUAUAUGAAAUUAAAAGCAGAUCACAAAACUGA